UCCUCAGUAAUUUCACUAUUUUACCGUCUUUACUGUUUUUCAAACCGAACAAUCAUUUUAGAAAACCGGAGAUUUUGAUCUCUCGCGUUUAUACUCAAAGGCAUUUUGAUUUUAUCGAGUAAUAUUUCGGAAAUUGAAGAAUCUAGUGUUAAAAUGAAUCUUCCAAUAACAAAGAAAAACAAAGACAAUGCAAACAAAGAAGAAUUGAAUAUUUCAAAGCAUGCAGAAAGUAUGAUAGACAAGAUUUUAGGAGAUGUGAACAAAAAGUCUGCUACUAAACAAAUUAUUAUUGGUACAACAUCAGGAUGGUUGACUGGUUUUAUAACAAUAAAAAUUGGAAAAAUUACUGCAUUUGCAGUUGGUGGUGGAAUUAUAAUGCUCCAAAUUGCAGCACAUCAAGGAUAUAUUAAAAUUAAUUGGGAUAAAAUUCAAAAAAAAGCUGAGAAAAUAACAGAUAAAGUAGAAGAAACAGUAACUGGUGAAGGACCAAAAUUCUUGGAUAAGGUCGAGAGAUACGUUGAUAAAAAGUUAGAUAAAGCUGAACAAUUAUUAAGAAAUGGCGAAUCUCGUACACGUCGUUGGUAUCAUUCUAUAACUGGUGAUACUUCAUUUAAACCUACAGAAUUUCACUUUUUCCUUUCUUAUUUUGUAGGUGGUUUUGCACUUGGCAUUGUAAGUGGUAAAUUGAUUUAAAUAUAUUGUAUUCUGAAUGCAUAUAAAAAAUCAGGUGCUUAUGUCUUAAGAACAAUAAUAAAACCGAAUGUCAAAAUAUUAAUUUAUAUUUUUAAAACAAUAAAAUACCAAUAAUACAAUAUAUUAAAGUUUAUAUAUAAAGUAAAUGAAAUUUAAUUUUUUUGUAUUUGUGAUUUUGAUGUUAUUUUUUGUAUAUGUAUAUUCCAUAAAUACCUGAUUUUAUAAAAAGAAAAAAUAAUCUAACUUUUGCAUUAUAUUAUAUUAAUCUAUAUUAUAUUAUUUGUAUUAUAUUAGAGAUGAAAUACAUUUUAUGAUUUAACAUUAAUAAUAUAUAUAAAUAUAAAAUUUCUUACCCAUAUUUGAUUAUUUUUGAAAUAAUUGUUUUGCAUUCAGAAUACAGUAAAAAUAAUGCAGUCAUCUUAUUAGAUAUUAUAUUUAUAUAAUAUAGUAAUUAAUAUAAUCUUCAUCAUAUUAACUUAUGAAAAUUGCUAAAAAUAUUAAUAUAAAUAAAUAAAUUAAAAUAAA